AUGGACGUGUGGUUCCACAGUUCGUGGGUCUUCUCAGGUUCUCUCACAUUCGAAUUGGCCGUGGCUGUGGAGGUGUCACCGUUGGUUGCUGCAGCGCUGCCAUCGCAAGUAGCUACAAGAGCAACCGCAAAGAGUAAUAUGGAGGAACUGACACGCAUGACUCUGGUUGUUGGGAGAACAACAUCCGACUUUCUCUAUAUUGGAAAAUGGCAAAUGCGCUGUCACGAACAACAGUGGAAAACCAGUGGAGUCAGUAGCCCCAGUUGUUAG